CGCGCCGGUGAAUUUUUAUACGAUUUUGACGUAAUUUUUCAGUGUUAAUAACGAAUAAAAGAAUUCAUAAUGGCUGAUCAAGUAGACUCAAUGUCAGACGCCGAGCUGCGUACAAAACUGGCGGAGCAUGGUUUCCCUGUGAUGCCGAUAACGGCUUCCACGAGGAAGCUAUUAGUGAAAAAACUGAAAAUGGUUUUGGAUAACAAAACCAAACCGAAAAGUAGCACCGACAGUAAAGCGGAAAACAGGCGGUCGCUGGCUCGGUAUUCGAGUGGCGAGGAAUCUGAUUUGGAUUCUAGCAGUGUGAAAGAGAAGCGUGGACGACGCGCCACGACUGGAGGAGCAAUGUUGCCGCCAGCGAGCAACAAAACAAGGCGUCUACCGCCUAAAAAGGAUUCACCCGCCAAAAUUGAGGCUGAUAAAGGCUCUGAAUCCGAAGAAGAGUCAAAAUCGCCCGUACGCACCCAUGAAGAAGUAGAAACAGUGACAACACGACGUGUAACACGCACAUAUGCUAAUGAUGAUGACUAUGAAACAGGUUCUGAUAGUGAUGUAGAUUCUGAUAAAAGGCCACCAUUGAGAAGCAGUUCUAGGUCCAGUGACUACAUUUCAAGUACUCUUCCCACUCACGAUGUGUCCACUAGUCCUCCAAAAUCUUCAAUUUUCUCCCGGCCCUCACUUAGUACAACAAAUUAUUCAUCAACCCUCUCAUCUUCUGAUCAUUUGAAUUCCAUAAGGUCUCGGCUGGGCUUAACAUCAACCAUUGGUGACAGACCCCCCAUAAGUAGUUAUACAUCAAGGUUUUCUUCCAGUACUUACCAGCCUUCAACUUCUACUACUGUUGAUGAGGUUGAAUCUCCAUAUUUAAGCAAUUUUACUCGACGUUUGUCUGCACUAAAAACUGACCCUACUAAACCAUCUUUCCUUGACCGUGGAGAUUCUAACAAUGGAGGAAAUAUCUUGCACCGCAGAUCAUACAUAUCUGGUGUAUCCAGAUCUGAAGCUAUGGAUUACAAAACAGCUACUGACAAAAAAUUCCUCAAAAACAACCUGGUGUCCCUUACCUUGGUUGGCUUAGUUGCACUUUUUUUUCUUUGUUUAUUUUUCAUGUAUAUUGUUAAAAAGAUUGAUAUAACAUCUGUGGUGGAUGACCAGAACAGUGUAAUUCCAAUUUGCCAAUUAAAUAUACCUGGUAACAGACCAGGAAUCAACUGUGUGCCUAAAGAACAAGUUAGUUAUGCUAAAGAUCUGCUGAAAGUCAUACAUCCAGAGUUGACAUCUCGAGCUGCUGCUUACAAAUGUGGUAAGCCUGGUGCUCUACCAUACUUGACUGAAAGGGAAAUUAUAGACAUUGCAAGUGCUAGGGCUGACAUAGUAGACGUCAGUCAGUGUCGCACGGAUCUUAAUAAUCUUGAAGUUCUGUUGGUAAAUAAUCCACGAUGGGGCUUGAGUGUUGUACAGCUCAAGAGCCUUUAUAGUAAGGAUGCUGAAUAUUCCCCUCUAUCUUCAACUGAUGUAGUUGUUCAACAACGUAGCAAGGGUAGUGUUGCCAUAGCCUUAUCUGACCCGUCCACUCCAUUUACUUGCUUCAUUGUCAAUACCCUAUACUCAGCAGGGUCUACUGCUAUUAUCAUUGGAGUGCUGGCUGUUCUAAUUGUUACUGUGCAAAGAGCCUACGCAUACUAUGUGAGCUACAAGAAGAGAAAGAAUGAAGAAAUUUUUGUCAUGGUGGAACAAAUCAUUGACACUAUUUCACAAGAGACUGAAGACAGUGGGGAACCUUACAUAUCAGUAGAUCAUGUUAGAGACACUUUGAUAUCACCACAGAAUAGAGAGAAGAUGGCUUCAGUUUGGGAUGCAGCAGUAAAAUUUAUACAAAGGAAUGAGAGCAGAGUCCGUAUGGAAGUACAGUCUGUUGAUGGAGAAGAUUGCAAGGUGUGGCGAUGGAUCUCGGCUCAUAGCAGUCCAAAGCGCAGUGCUGCAUGGCAAGGACAAGCUUUUGAAACCCAAGAAGGUUCGGUUAACAACUUAACUGUCUCACCAACUGAAUGCUUGAAGAUUCGUCAUAUGUUUGACAAAAAUGAUACAAAUCCUAAUUUGAGGCAAGUAAUCACAGAUGUGAUUUUGGAAAAGUGUGGUGAUCGUUGUAACAUUCUCCAUAUUGAUAUCGAGCCCACAUCCUAUUGUGUUUAUGUGAAAUGUGCCAGUCCGACUGACGCCGGCGUAGUAUACCGAAGCCUCCAUGGGUGGUGGUAUGAAGGACGCCUUAUUACUGUGAAGUACCUGCGCUUGGAACGUUACAUGCAAAGAUUCCCCAACUCUCCUACUUUGGGACCUUACUUAAAACCUUCACUUCGACGAUCUUGGGAUGAAUAAGUCAGGUGCAACUAGUACAACACUCACAAAGACAAUUUUAUGUCAUUGUUAACACAAGUGGUCAUAUUGCUUACGAAAUUUAUUUAUUGCAAAAAUUAAUUGACAUGCAUGUUACACACUAAAUGGGACUUUUUGGUCAAAUUAUAUUAAUUAUUGUUAUGUUAGUCAUUUGUGUUACUAAGAGUACUUUAAGUCAAUAAUUAAUUUAAAAUGUAUGUAGUAUUCUGGGAGUCAAUGAAAACUAGAUAUGCAUUUUCUAUGUAAUUUACAGUUUUAAUUUUAACUCUCCCUUACAUAAUAACUUAAAAGCAUAAUAGGUGCAACUAAAAAAAAACAAAUUUUGCAAACUUCAAUUGUAUUAUUUUAUAGUUUCAUUGCAUUUUGUGGCCUAUUCAUGGACAAAACUGUUAAUAUGGUUAACCUUCUAAAGGGUUAAAAAUUAUAGACAUUUUAAUCAUACUUUUAUGUUCAUUAUAAACAUUUGUCAAUUACAAUUCACAAUGUUUUGUAUCCAAUCUGAUUUCUUUUAUUUAGUAAAUAGAAUUGUGUUUUGUAUCCAAUCUGAUUUCUUUUAUUUAGUAAAUAGAAUUGCUUUUAUGUUUUAUAAUUUUUGAGCUAAAACAAUUGUAAAUAUUUUCUCAUCACAAAGUCUUUUCCUAACUAUAGCAAAAUAAUUGUUAGGUGGUGUUUAACACAUUAUAUGUCUAAUGUGCCACAGUUUUCGAAUUUGUACUAAGGCAGAUUUUCUCAGUGUAUUAAUUUAUGUCAAAUAUAAGUGACUACAAACACAACAAUUUACGGCACUGAAAGUAAAUAUGAUAUCAAUAUAAAAGCAAGAUUAUUUGAAUAUGUUUAGUAAAGAAGUGCUAUUGCUGUAGACAAUGGAAAGAAAAAAAAUGUUAAUGACCUUAAGUCAUGCCCGCUUGCAUUUGUUACUGAAUUUAUUGAUGUUUUAGAACAACUUGUUUAAGUUUAGAUAUAACUAUGUAGGAUAAGUUUAUGGCUAUUUUUCAUCUGCUUUGUCUGAAUCUUGGCACAUCAUAAUUUGAUACAUAAGUGUGUUUUAUUUUAUAAGGUGACAUUAAUUUUAGUUUAGUGGUAUGUACUAACUGCCCUUAAUAUCUUAGCAUUACACAUUUUUAUGGAUUGAUUUUCAUUUUCUAAUAAA